AUGGCAAACAACCCAUAUGCUUCGUCUAUUAGUAACCUUUUGUAUGCUCAAGUUUGUACGAGGCCUAAUAUUGCAUUUGUUAUGGGAAUGUUAGGAAGAUAUCAGAGUACUCCAGGAAUGGACCGCUGGAAGGCGGCAAAGAAAGUCAUGAGGUAUCUGAAAGGGACCAAGGAUUACAUGCUCAUGUAUGGACAGAUGGAUGUUCUUGAGGUGGUAGGCAACUCUGACUCUGACUUCGCUAGUUGUGUCGACUCUCGGAAAUCGACCUCAAGAUACAUCUUUAUGAUGGCCAGCGGAGCUAUUUCAUGGAGAAGCUCGAAGCAGACUUUGACUGCUACAUCUACCACUAAGGUUGAGUUCGUUGCUUGCUUUAAGGCUACCUCACAUGGUGUGUGGUUGAAGAGUUUCAUCUCAGGGCUUAGAAUUGUUGAUUCUAUUGCUAGGCCAUUAAAGAUAUACUAUGAUAAUUCGGCUGCCGUACAAUUGGCUAAGAACUACAGAAGUGGAAGUUGA